AUGAUGAUCACCGGCCCUCUGGUGGCUACCAUCCAGAAUAAGAACCCGGGUCCAGGCAACUACGACCUCCCAGACCAGCGCUCCAAGAUUAGCUACUCACUCUCAGGCAAGAUCAAAGUGGAAGAUAAGGAACAGUUGGGAGUGCCAGGACCUGGACAAUACCCCGUCAGCUUUGCUAUCAGCAAAAACGGAAAGUACUUUAGCGCCAAACAUAAAAACAGCUGUGUUCGUGACUUUGGAAGAGUCCUGGGAAGGUGCCAGACUGCACAGAACAAACUACCAGGUCCAGGCGCAUACGACGUGACUACUUUCCAGGACAUAUCUCCGAAGGGUCGCUACUGUUUGUCCAACAGCACAAACUGCCUCACACGAAGUUUCGGUUCAGCUCAGCAGCGUGGAGACGUAACUCUCAACAAGUCUACACCUGGUCCCGGCAACUACAGACUCCCCAGUGAAUUCGGUUACUAUUUGGCGAAGGAGGCGGUGGGCAAGGAGAACCAGACGGGCGCGGAGGGCGGCAGUCACUGA